AUGAGCUCACUAAGCUACUCCCCCACUGCUAAAGAACAGGAGGUCUGCUGGACGGAGAAAGAGGGUCUGUGGCUUAAUAUUGUCGUGAAAGAAGAGGAGGAAGAGGAGGACGUCACAGUGAAAGGAGUUAAAGAAGUGAAAGAGAAGGAGGGGGAUGAGAAAGAGGAGGAUGUCGUUUUUGGAGUGAAGGAGCAGGGGGAGGUUACUGUCACAUUGGAAGACGAAGAAGAAAAGACAGGAGAUGUGAUUAACACCGGUAAGUAAAGUUACCUAGUGGAGUGAUAGCCCAAUAAUGAGCUAAAGGAGCCUGACCUUUAAUGUUCUGUUUAGAGGCGAAUUGGCUCUGGCAGCCAAAACAGCCAAAAACGCCAUCUAAACGUGAAUCGGCACUCAAUUUCUGUACGGUUCUAGAAACAUAAAUCCCUUUACUUUCAUAUCACAUCAAAAUCAUUUCACAAAUGCAAAAUAUACACUUACUGUACACCAGAAGAGGCUGGUGGGAGGAGCUAUAGGAGGACAGGCUCAUUGUAAUGGCUGGAAUGGAAUUAAUGGAACGGAAUCAAACGUAUGGAACCCACGUUUGGCGCUGUUCCAUUAAUUCCAUUCCAGCCAUUACAAUGAGCCGGUUCUCCUAUAGCUCCUCCCACCAGCCUCCACUGCUGUACACUGUUUUAACCAUAGAGCGCGAUAGAGGCCUCUAGUGGCCAAAAGGCUGUAUUAGCAUGGAUAGCGCCAUUGACGGCUUCCACCAUUUUUAAUGUAGUCAACUGGGUGGGAUUUCCAACUUCAUUGGCUGAGCCCUCCUGGUGACCCAGUUGGAGUCAUUUAUUUAUUUAUUUAACCUUUAUUUAACCAGGUAAGCCAGUUGAGAACAGGUUCUCAUUUACAACUGCGACCUGGCCAAGAUAAGCAAAGCAGUGCAUAAAAAACAACACAGAGUUACAUAUGGGGUAAAAAACAUAAAGUCAAAAUACAACAGAAAAUAUAUAUACAGUGUGUGCAAAUGUAGCAAGUUAUGGAGGUAAGGCAAUAAAUAGGCUAUAGUGCAAAAUAAUUACAAUAGUUCUUAACACAUGGAAUGCUAGACGUGCAAGAGAUUUAUGUGCAAAAUAGAGUACUGGGGUGCAAAAGAGCAAAAUAAAUAACAAUAUAGGGGAUUGAGGUGGUAGUUGGGUGGGCUAAUGUCAGAUGGGCGUGUACAGGUGUGCAGUGAUCGGUAAGAGUGCUCUGACAAACUGAUGCUUUAAAGUUAUUGGGGGAUAAGAGUCUCAGCUUCAGAGAUUUUUGCAUUCGUUCAGUCAUUGGCGAGCAGAGAAUGGAGGUCCAUGUCCAACCGGGUCAUCAGGGGGAUUCAGCCAAUGUGAAGAAGAAAAUGGGACUACUUCACAAAUGGAUAUAGCCUCAAUGGUGCUGCCCAAUGCUGUCACAGACGCUAUAAUGGCACAGGAUACAAAGAUGAGUCCUCCGUCUAUCUCUGUAGUUUAAACAGUUGCAGCCAACAGUCUUUUUCAGUGACAACACGUUUGUGGCGUCCGUCUUCUGUUCACACACAGGUGUUAGGAGACACGGUAGGCUAAUUAGCACAAGUAGUCGACUCUGUCUUCCGUCUGUUAUCUGUGACCACGUGCUGUAACAUGGCGAUGGCCGUGUGGGAACCCUAACCCUAUAAAGGUGUGUCAAUGGAACCUUUAAAAAAUAUAUUAUAUAUAUAAUUUCUUGCUGAUAUGAAAAAUAAGGUCCUUAUGCUUCCAAAACCGUACCUCAAGUGAUGCUUGUUAAUGUUCAGACCGAGCGUCGGGGCUCUUAACAAAACUCCCCCAUACAGAAGACGCCUUCGUCCAAUGAUUCUUUAUCAAAUAAAAUAAAAUGUUAUUGGUCACAUACACACAUUUAGCAAAUGUUAUUGCGGGUGUAGUGAAAUGCUUGUGUUCCUAGCGCCAACAGUGCAGUAGUAUCUAACAAUUCACAACAAUACACACAAAUCUAAAAGUAAAACAAUGGAAUGAUGUGUAAUGUAAUGGAACUGAGAGUCAUGAUUAAGGCCUUGACGGUUGAUAAAGAUCAAGAAAACAAUACAUUAUUCAAAUACUGAGCUAGCCUAUAGUGUAUGCUCACAAAAUGGAGGAAUUAUUUUAUACAAUUGCUCAGAGAAAGUGAUUUCUCAAAGGUAGUGUUCAUUUUAUUCGCAAAAAGUUAGGGGUCAAAAUGAUGGACACCUCUGUUUUCAUUACCUUUCAAUACUUCACCUUGUGAGAAUAACGGCACUGAGCCAUGUGUUUCUAUAAAGUGUUGGCGAGCACGUUGUGAGGGAUCUUAGACUAUUCCUCCAUACAGAAUCCUUCCAGAUCUUUGAAAUCUUUUUAUCUCUUAUGGACUGCCCUUUUCAAUUCAAACCACAGCUUUUCAAAUGGGUUUCAAGUCAUUGAGAUGGCCAUUGCAAAAUGUUGAUUUUGUGGCCAGUUAUCAAUUUCUUUAUGGAUUUUGAUGUGUGCUUGGGGUUAUUGUCUUGCAGGAAGAUCCACUUGCGGCCAAGUGUCAGCCUCCUGGCAACCAGGUUUUUGGCUCAAAUAUCUUGGUACUGGGUAAAGUUCAUGAUACCGUUGACCUUAACAAGGGCCCCAGGACCAGUGGAAGCAAAACAGCCCCAUAACAUCAAAGAUCCACCACCAUAUUUUACAGAAGGGAUGGGGUUAUUUUCUGCUCAUGCAUUCUCAUUUCGACGCCAAACCCACCACUGGUGUGCGCGGUCAAAAGGCUCUAUUUUCAUGUCAUCCAAUACAUGUAAAGGCCUGGAGUUUUCUAACCAGCAUUGGCACUUGAAUUGGAACCGGUGCUUUGGCCAGAUUACGUUAAAAUAGAGCUCUUUGGCCAUGCACACCAGUGGUAUUGAGAACAGAGGAGUCCAUUUCAGGAAUUGAAAACCAAGAUGUCCAUAAUUUUGACCCCUUCCUUUUUGAGAACGUUUUAUUACUUGUUAAACAAAAUCAAUUGUAAUAGUGUAAAAUAAUAUAAUUUCCCAAUUUUUUGGAGCAGACAAUAGAGCUCAGAAUUGUAAUUAUUUAUUAUAGACAGUCAUUUUUCUUCAUCUUUAUCAAUGGUGUACACACUUUAACAGGGGCUCAAACUCUGCAGUUGUUUGCCCAUGAGAGCAAAAUUAUUAUUUUUUAAAACAUUAUUUAAAUAAUUUGUUUUUUAAAAUCUCAAUUGUGUUAUCAAUAUCUACUUCCCCAGAGUCAGAUGAACUUGUGAAUACAAUUUUUAUGUCUCUGUGUCAAGUAUGAAGGAAGUUGGAGGUAGUUUCUGCAAUCAUGUUAGCAGAUACCAUAGACUUCCAGUCAUUAUGCUAACACUAGUUAGCAAUUCUGCUAGGGCUAGUUAGCAACUUCCUUCAGACUGCACGCAUAGACAAAACAAUGGUAUCCAUGAGUUCAUCUGACUCCGGGGAAGUAGAUAUUGUGAAAAUCCCGAAAUAAUAUCCCUUUAACAGGCAUUACCUGUGGAUUAUUGUGAAUAACUAACGGCUAUCAACCAAUCAGCAUCCAGGAUCCAAAUUUACCAUUUGGGAUCUAGUCUGGAUUAAACCUCAUAGGAAGAUAGUUUAAUAAUGUGGCGGUUUCAUUUCUGUUUAACUAAAUACUCUGUUUGUCUUUGGCAGGAGAGAGGCCAGACUCUCCCUCUGACAGUGGGAAGUGUCCUUCAGGGGAACCAGACCCAGAGACGCCUAAACCAGUGAGACCACACCACUGCUCCCACUGUGGAAAGAGUUUCACCUGGUUAUCAAAGCUGAAAGAGCAUGAGAGAACACACACUGGAGAAAAGCCCUACCAAUGUGCCAUUUGUGGAAAGACUUUUACCCAGUUAGGGGGCUUUCAAUAUCAUGAGCGGACACACAGAGAAAAAAAUGCCUACCACUGCUCUCAGAAUGGAAAGACAUUUACCCAGUUAGGGAACCUGAAAAAUAAUGAGAGAAUACGCACACAGGAAGAGAAGACAAACCACUGCUCCCAGUGCGGAAAGAGUUUUAAAUGGUUAUCAAAGCUGAAAGAGCAUGAGAGGACGCACACAGGAGAAAAGCCUUUCCAAUGCUCUCAUUGUGAAAAGAAAUUUAACCAGUCAUCCCAUCUGAAAGAGCAUGAGAGGACACACACAGGAGAGAAGCCUUUCCAAUGCUCCCAGUGUGGAAAGGGUUUUACCUGGUUAUGGAACCUGAAAACACACGAGAGGACACACACAGGAGAAAAGCCCUACCAGUGCUCCCUGUGUGGAAAGACUUUUACCCAGUUAGGGGGCUUUAAAUAUCACGAGAGAACACACACAGAAAAAAAGACCUACCACUGCUCUCAGUGUGAAAAGACAUUUACCCGGUUAGGGAACCUGAAAAAGCAUGAGACAAUACACACACUGGAGGAGAAGACAUUAGUCAGUUAGGGAACCUGAAAGAGCAUGAAAUAACACAUACAGGAUAGAAGCCAGAUUUAUUUUGUUGGGUGGGCUGGUUGAAAUUGACACACACAUGUAUAUUGUUUUUAUAUAAAAAUACAAAAAUGAAAAGGGUGACAUGGCCUGUGGCCCAUGGACCUGUUAAUACACACAUAUUUUAACAAUUUUUGCGCAAUUUCUCAGUUAUACUAAUGAGCCUUUGGCUGAUCAGUGCAAUGGACCCUUCUCGAUCAGUGGGCAACAGCUGGCCCCCCUACCAAGUUGGGCUGGCCCAUUUUCUGAUAGGCUGAGCUGAGGUCAAACUCACAUUCAAAGUCAAACGCGCCAUCAGCAAAGAGAUGUGCUCCGACUGUCAUCAGUUAGACAGCCAAUAUAGACUGUCAUCAGUUAGACAGCCAAUAUAGACUGUCAUCAGUUAGACAGCCAAUAUAGACUGUCAUCAGUUAGACAGCCAAUAUAGACUGUCGUCAGUUAGACAGCCAAUAUAGACUGUCGUCAGUUAGACAGCCAAUAUAGACUGUCGUCAGUUAGACAGCCAAUAUAGACUGUCGUCAGUUAGACAGCCAAUAUAGACUGUCGUCAGUUAGACAGCCAAUAUAGACUGUCGUCAGUUAGACAGCCAAUAUAGACUGUCGUCAGUUAGACAGCCAAUAUAGACUGUCGUCAGUUAGACAGCCAAUAUAGACUGUCGUCAGUUAGAAGCCUAUAAAGGAUAAAGGCUACAACCUUCUCUGACUGUUGUAACUAAGGAUAUUACAGUAGCAGAAGGCUACAACCUUCUCUGUCUGUUGUAACUAAGGAUAUUACAGUAGCAAAAGGCUACAACCUUCUCUGACUGUUGUAACUAAGGAUAUUACAGUAGAAGAAGUAUACAACCUUCUCUGACUGUUGUAACUAAGGAUAUUACAGUAGAAGAAGUAUACAACUUUCUCUGACUGUUGUAACUAAGGAUAUUACAGUAGCAGAAGGCUACAACCUUCUCUGUCUGUUGUAACUAAGGAUAUUACAGUAGAAGAAGUAUACAACCUUCUCUGUCUGUUGUAACUAAGGAUAUUACAGUAGAAGAAGUAUACAACCUUCUCUGUCUGUUGUAACUAAGGAUAUUACAGUAGCAGAAGGCUACAACCUUCUCUGUCUGUUGUAACUAAGGAUAUUACAGUAGCAAAAGGCUACAACCUUCUCUGACUGUUGUAACUAAGGAUAUUACAGUAGCAGAAGGCUACAACCUUCUCUGUCUGUUGUAACUAAGGAUAUUACAGUAGCAGAAGGCUACAACCUUCUCUGACUGUUGUAACUAAGGAUAUUACAGUAGCAGAAGGCUACAACCUUCUCUGACUGUUGCAACUAAGGAUAUUACAGUAGCAGAAGGCUACAACCUUCUCUGUCUGUUGUAACUAAGGAUAUUACAGUAGCAGAAGGCUACAACCUUCUCUGACUGUUGUAACUAAGGAUAUUACAGUAGCAGAAGGCUACAACCUUCUCUGACUGUUGUAACUAAGGAUAUUACAGUAGCAGAAGGCUACAACCUUCUCUCUGUCGUAACUAAGGAUAUUACAGUAGCAGAAGGCUACAACCUUCUCUGUCUGGUGUAACUAAGGAUAUUGCAGAAGCAGGGCGUUGCAUUGGGGCAAAAUAAUCUGCGUUUUAACCACACGUUUACCUUUGUGAUUAUGUAAUCUUUAUAGUAAUGGUGUCAUAUCUUAGCCUGAGAUGCUGAAAAAGAACACUACUAUUUUGACUGCUUGUCUGUCCCCUGCUUAGCCAGUGUUUGUAAUGAUGCUGAAAUCAGAACAUUAAAUUGCUGUGUAGACUGCCUGUCUGUGUCUUGCUUGUGUGGAAUAUGCUGCCGAGAUAGCUGCAUGUAACUCCCCACCUGGCAUGAGUUUUGCAUUGGGGGGAAAAACAGUCUGUGUAACCUAGGCUACAACUGUUAUUUUGCUUCUCAAGUGAAGUACCACACGAUUUGAUAGACGGCACAUGAUUUAAAUUGUCCACCUCUGGGCAGCCACUCCGUAUCCAGUAGUAAGCAGAGUCUUACAGUGGCGAGUUGGUUCUGCAUGGCCUGGUGCCCUGGAUGGGUGGAGUUAGUACAUUUUAGACCAUUCCAUUGGUCCUUAAGUGAAAUCUCCACCCACCUGGGGUUCUACUAAACUAACAUAUGGAAUUGUGUUAAGAUGGUCACACCAUGGAUCAAAUAGCUAUUUGAUUUGGAAUUGUAGGACCCCUGUAGGUAUAUAUAUAAAAAAAUAUAUAUGCAAAGAUUACUUGAUAAAAUAUGGAAUUUGUCCUUUGCUACAAAAGCCCAUAGAAACACAUUGAAUAACACAUUUUAAAUGGCAAAAAAGACAGUCCAAAAUGACAUCAUAAUGAAUAAGGUUUUGAAGUGUCUGUCCUAUAUCUAGGAGCAAAAAAAUGUGGGACACAUUUAACACCUUUUUUUUUGUUGCCACAAAACUACCAUACAUUUUUAAAACCGGUAUUGGGUUACCUUUAGACGACUCCCAUGACACUGGUGGGGUCAUAUUAGUCUGGAGCCCAAAUGGUUUGGAUGCUACAGACCGAAGUUGGCACAUCGAUGGUACCGACUUCAGACGAGUUCCCGUGGGGCUUGUGGGGGUCGUAGAGCAUAGAGUGGUCAAUCUUUCCAUAAAGUGGUCGUAUUAGUUCAUAGUUCUCACGUUUUCUGUCUUCUCACGAUUUUCGGGAUGUCUCCUGGUUCUGACAAGCACUGCUGUAGCUCGGCCACCUUUCACCACAGAUGCUGAAGGCUGACAUAGGCGGAUGGGGUGGAUUGAGACGCAGCCCAUUAAAAAAAAACGGAUAUCUGUAGCUUAAACAGACAGAUUUUGAUGGGGAACUCGUCUGAGGUCGGUGCCGCCAAUCUGCCAACUUCUGUCUUUAGCGUCCGAACAGUUUGGGCUAUAUAGUAAUAUGACCCUUCAAUGGAAAGGUGAGACUCACGGACACGUACAUGACGGUUGUUUCGCUCUGGGACGGCGACAAGCCUCACAAGACUCGUCUGAAGGUACCCCAGUACCAGUUUAAAAAAAUGAAUGGAAGUAUACAUGGAAGUAGUUUAGUGCCUAAAAAAGGGGGUAAAUAUGUGUUUUUAAAAAAUCCUGAUAUCUCUUAUCUCAGCAUAUCGGUACAUACACUCAAAACUCACUUCAAAACAAACUUCUGUUAGAUAUCUCUUAUAUCUCUCAGAUAUAGGACAGACACUUCAAAACAAACUUCUGUUAGAUUUUUUUGUGGGGGACUGUCUGUAUGAAUUCAAUGUAUUUCUAUGGGCUAAUAGCAGUAAGGCCAAAUUCAACGUUUAAUCAAAUAGUUUCUCCCCGGCUUAGACUCUAGGAGGAUAACACUUAGGGGAGGCGUUGAUUCAGGGGAACACAUAACUGGCACUCAUUGGCAAUAUAGCCUAUGUCAUUAGCGUGACUUUUAUAACAUACAGGCAGAACAAGAAGAAGCACAGAGUGACAGCAGAGAAGAUGCUGAGACAGGUAGACGCCACAACAGGGAGGCAAACAAAAUAAGUAGAGCAGAGGCACAGUGAUAGUGGUGAGUUGUAGCUCCAGCAGUGGAGGCUGGUGGGGAGAGCUAUAGGAGGACGGGCCCAUUGUAAUGGCUGGACUGGAAUAAUUGGAACGGAGUCUAACACGUGGUUUCCAUAUGUUUGAUGCCGUUCCAUUUAUUCCAUUCUAGCCAUUACAAUGAGCCCGUCCUCCUAUAGCUCCUCCCACCAGCCUCCACUGAUCUCCAGUGAUGUUUUUACAUAUUGUAUAUGUUUUAAACAUGAGCUGGUUAAACAAGAGGAGGAGGACCCUGUCUCGCCAGUCACUGGUACAGAAAUGGUUUAGAAACGCAAUACUGUACUGCCAAUAUUGAAUAUGGCCUGUCAAGUGACCGGGCGAACCCGGUGAGGGAGGCGCCCCCUGCUCAAAUCGUAUGGUAGUCUGUGCAGCUCUGUCAUAUUGUCAACAAUCCAGCAUGGGUCAAUGACUGUAAAAAGAAUGGGCAAAGCCAUCGAGUGACACCAUUCAUUCCUAUGGGAAGAGUCAAUAGCACAUUGAAGCCAAAUGAAGUCAGUUAAGAUGGCAUUUCAUGGAGACAUAACAUGUGCAGUUUGCUACUCCAGGAAGUGACGUUGCAGGCUAGCUCAGUGCUGCCCCCUCUGAGUAACUCAAGUUGAAGGUCGACCGGGGUACUGCAGGCUUCCAGUAUCAACCAAAAGAUCCUUAUAACUUCUUAUGUGUACGAUUUUAAAAUAGUCGGUUCAAGGACAUACAUCUGGUGUAUUAGAAGCAAUUAUUGGUACCAUGAUUGUCCUCAAUUUUUAUUUUUUUUGGUGGGGGGGGAUUGACCAUGAAGAUUGCUAUUUCCCCAUUCACUAUAAUGGAGGAUCCUGUUUUCUGCUAACAAUGUCUGCGGUGCCGCGGUCGAACUUCCGUGGCUUCAAUGAGAGGGAGUAGUUCUCCCCUGGGUAUGGUGCGUCGUUCAGAAACGUACCAAAACAUAUAUUUUCCACAAAAUAUAUGUUCACAUUUUUAAACUAGUUUGCAUUGGGGAGGCAGAUAAAGCGUUUAUCAUAAUCAAUCACUUUUUUUUUUUUUUGGUUUAUUUGGACAGGGACAAGUACAAACACAUUGACACGUUGCACAAAAAAUCGUCCGAUGCAUUGCGCUUUAGUAUUACUAGCAAAUGUUCAACACCAGUCCCUAUAUGGGCUUUUAUGGACACAAAAAUAAAGAACGAAAAAAAUUUAUACAUGUAUUGUAUUGUGAUACGCUCGUUGUCAUUCUUCCUGCUGCCCACCAGGGGGAGCUGAACUCUUCACUGGGUAAGCUGCUAGGGAAGAGCAGGAGGUUUGAGAAGGUUACGCGGAUCUUUGAACACGCCUCCCAACACAACCAGGUACGACUUGCAUUGUCGGUCUGUCAAUUAAUCAAUCAAAAUUAAACAAUCAAUGUAUUUAUAAAGCCCUUUUUACAUGAGUUGCCACAAAUGCAGCUGUCAAAAAGUUAUCACAUUUGUGCACCUCUCAACAAUGUGUCCUCCCUCUCCCUGCCUCCCCCUCCUUUCCUCCACUCCUCCCUCCCUCUCCCUGCCUCCCCCUCCAUUCCUCCACUCCUCCCUCCCUCUCCCUGCUUCCUCCCUCCCUCCCUCUCCCUGCCUCCCCCCUCCAUUCCUCCCUCCCUCCCCAGAGCCACGCCCAGCAGACAGAGAGGCAGAUCAAGGAGGAGUUUAAACAGCUGCACCAGUUCCUGAGAGAGGAGGAGGAGGCCAGGCUAGCCAGGCUGAGGGAGGAAGAGGAGGAGAGGAAGAAAGGGAUGAAGGAGAAGAGAGAAAGAAUGAGAAAAGAGAUGGAGUUCCUGGCUAAAACCAUCCGAGAGAUCGAGGAGGAGAUCAAGGAAGAGGGGGAUGACAUCACCUUUCUGCAGGUGUGUGUGUGUGUGUGUGUGUGUGUGUGUGUGUGUGUGUGUGUGUGUGUGUGAUGGCAUACUGUGCAUUGGCAUAAUUGUGAUAAUAAGACAUUGCUUUUGUCUUACAGAAUUACCAGGAGACAGUAAAGAGGUAUGCAGACUCUAUCUCUCUAUUUAUCUCUGUCUAUUUCUCUCUCUCUCUGUAUGCCUCUUUCAUUUUCCUUUUGACAAACACACACUCACACAGACACACACAGACACAGACACACACACACACAGAGACACAGACACACACAGACACACAGACACACACAUCCUUCAUUGGACACUGUGUUAACAAACCUCCAAACGAGCUUCAAUGCCAUACAACACUCCUUCAGUAGCCUCCAACUGCUCUUAAACACUAGUAAACUAAAUGCAUGCUCUUCAAUCGAACGCUGCUGGCACCCGCCCACCCGACUAGAAUCACCACUCUCGACGGGUCUGACCUAGAGUAUGUGGACAACUACAAAUACCUAGGUGUCUGGUUAGACUGUAAACUCUCCUUCCAGACUCACAUUAAGAAUCUCCAAUCCAAAGUUAAAUCUAGAAUCGGCUUCCUAUUUCGCAACAAAGCCUCCUUCACUCAUGCUGCCAAACAUGCCCUCGUAAAACUGACUAUCCUACCGAUCCUUGACUUCGGCGAUGUCAUUUACAAAAUAGCCUCCAACACUCUACUCAGCAAAUUGGAUGUAGUCUAUCACAGUGCCAUCCGUUUUGUCUCCAAAGCCCCAUACACUACCCACCACUGUGACCUGUACGCUCUUGUUGGCUGGUCCUCACUACAUGUUCGUCGUCAAACCCACUGGCUCCAGGCCAUCUAUAAAUCACUGCUAGGCAAAUCCCCGCCUUAUCUUAGCUCAUUGGUCACCAUAGCAGCACCCACCCGUAGUCUGCGCUCCAGCAGGUAUAUCUCACUGGUCAUUCCCAAAGCCAACACCUCCUUUGGCCGCCAUUCCUUCCAGUUCUCUGCUGCCAUUGACUGGAACGAAUUGCAAAAAUCUCUGAAACUGGAGACUCCUAUCUCCCUCACUAACUUUAAGCAUCAGUUGUCAGAGCACCUUACCGAUCACUGCACCUGUACACAGCCCAUCUGAAAUUAGCCCACCCAACUACCUCAUCCCUAUAUUGUUAUUUAUUUUUGCUCUUUUGCACCCCAGUAUCUCUAUUUGCACAUCUAGCAUUCCAGUGUUAAUACUAAUUGUAAUUAUUUUGCACUAUAGCCUAUUUAUUGCCUUACCUCCAUAACUUGCUACAUUUGCACACACUGUAUAUAUAUUUUCUGUUGUGUUUUUUGACUUUAUGUUUUGUUUUACCCCAUAUGUAACUCUGUGUUGUUGUUUUUAUCGCACUGCUUUGCUUUAUCUUGGCCAGGUCGCAGUUGUAAAUGAGAACUUGUUCUCAACUGGCUUACCUGGUUAAAUAAAGGUUAAAUAAAAAAUAAAUAAAAUAAAAACACAGACACACAAGCACACUGAGCCCUGUAACAGAAUAGAGCGUGUGUGUGUGUGUGUGUGGUGUGUGUGGUGUGUAGGAUGUGGCAGAGUCAUGGGGAGCCAGAGAAGGUGUGUGGUCCUCUGAUAGACCCGUCCAAACACCUGGCCAACCUCCGAUACACCGUCUGGAACAACAUGCUGCACAUAGCCCCCUACAGUGAGUCUGGGGGGAGAGGCGGAGUGGUGUGUGUGAGUGUGUGUGCAUGUGUCCUAUCUCCCCCUCUCACUUUCCCUCCCCAUGUCCCCAUCUCUUCCCCCCCCCCCCCCACACACCUCCUCCCCCACACCACUUCUUCCCCCAACCCCUCCCCUUCCAGCUCCAGUAACCCUGGACCCGACCACGUCCUGCCCGUCUCUGGUCCUCUCCCCUGGGCUAACCUCUGUCCAGCUGGGCAAGGAGAUGAUCCAGAUCCAGCCUGCUAACCCGGAGAGAUUCGACCCGCACGCCUGCACUCUGGGCUGGGAAGGAUUCAGCGCCGGCACCCACUGCUGGACCGUGGAGGUGGGGCACUUAAUGACUGAGGAUGCAUCCCAAAUGGCACACUAUUCACUAUUUGGUGCACUACAUUUGACCAGGGUCCAUACACGCACACUGAUGGAGGUUCUUGCAGUUUUAUUGAUGCAAUAGGAGGAAUAUUCAACAGUGUGCAGGUAUCAGGGCUGUUACGUUUGUCAUUACAAUUCAAAAUAUAAUUUUAAAUAUACAUGAGUAUAAUAAUACUAUUAAUAAUAACAAUUAUAUCCUGCUUCAAGGUUGGCGAGAGCAGCAACUGGACAAUUGGUGUGGCCAGCCAAUCGGUGCGUAGGAGGGAGGAGUUUGAGGAGUGUCCGGAGGAGGGGCUAUGGACCCUCAGCCUACGGAACGGAACGUACCGUGCCAUGACCACACCCUGUACCACCCUCCCUCUGGACUUGUCCCGCCCCUUUCACAGGAUCAAGGUGGGGCCAUAGUUAGAUAGAGGGUGCACUUGAGGGGGUGGAGAGGCACAUCCACAAGUAUUAGAAUAUAAUAAAAUAGAUUUACUUAAUGAACUGUUGACCCUGUGUGUCUAACUUAGUCUUCUGCCUGUUUCUGCCUGUUGCUGUAGUUUUACCCUGUAAACCAGAGCGCCAACAACAGAUGUCCUGUUUCUGUCUGUUGCUGUAGUUUUACCCUGUAAACCAGAGCGCCAACAACAGAUGUCCUGUUUCUGUCUGUUGCUGUAGUUUUACCCUGUAAACCAGAGCGCCAACAACAGAUGUCCUGUUUCUGCCUGUUGCUGUAGUUUUACCCUGUAAACCAGAGCGCCAACAACAGAUGUCCUGUUUCUGCCUGUUGCUGUAGUUUUACCCUGUAAACCAGAGCGCCAACAACAGAUGUCCUUUUUUCUUAAUUGAUCAUUUGUUACAGAAAAGUCCAUCAUCUCCUAGCCUGGAGGGGACACACAAGAAAAAAUGUCAACUUCAUUUCAAAUAACCAAUUUCCAUUUAGUGGCCUAGGACAAUGACGUUUUAUGUUAUCUUUAGGUGUUACUGGACUGGGAGGAGGGUCAGGUGGAAUUCUGGGACGCGAUGAGGGACAAACUCCUGUUCACCUUUACUCACCGCUUCACAGAGACGCUGUACCCGUACUUCGAGAGCAGCUGUUCUAAGUGCUGGCUGGUGGUGUUACCCCAGAGAGUGUGUGUGGAGGUAGAGCUAGAUCCUAUCCCUGGGGAGGACGAUGGAGACCAGAUCCCACACGACGGAUCAUCCAAUGGGGGAGAGGAUUCCGGGACUAGAUCCACUGAUGACAGCAAGCUGACAGAAACCGGAUCCCCUGUCAAAGCUCACAUCCCAAUGACCGAAUCUCCCAAGAUCCCAACCACUGACCAGAACCAAGAGGCAAGAUCCCCUGACAAAACGUCAAAUACCGGAUCCGCUCAAAAGAUGGUCCGGAUCCCAAAGACUAAAUCCACCGGAAAGGGAAAGGGCAAGAUCCCACAGACUGGAUCCACUGUUCCAAAGCAGAUCACCAACACCAGAUCCAAUGGAAGCUACCACAUCACGAAGGACAGGCCACUAGUCCAGGUCCGGAGGACAGGAUCCACUGAGAGAUCCAAAAGCAACAACACAGAGAUGAAGUCGCCCUGCAGCCCAGCCCAGAUCAUCCGACACACGAGAUCACCCAACACAGACUAGAUCCCCUACCUCCACAGACUAGAUCUCUGAUCUGCUGUCAUUGAUUAGAUCAACACACUAUAUUUGGUAUGUCUUACAAGCAUUUCUGUGUAAUGUUGUAAUACACACAUUGUUGAGUGUAUUAUAGUGGAGGUAAUGUUGCAUCUCAGGUCUCCCAAUGUAAUGUGUUUUGAAUAAAGACAAAAUAAAUGUAUA